AUGCCGGAAGUGAGACCGGCGCGCGAACUCUCGCUUGGUGAUGUAGCAAGGCACUUUUUUGGGGUGUUUUGUUGUGAACAGAUGUGCGAAAAAGUCGAUUCGUUUGUGGAAACACAAAACCAAAAUGUUGAGGAAAAUGUGAAAAAAGCGGAGCAAAGAAUUAUAGAAAAUAAAAAACAAGAGGAAAAGAAAUUGGAUAAAAGGUUAGGAGAUAUGAGAAAGCAAAUAGAUCAUCAAAUGAUAGAAAAACUAACCCAAACACGAACAAAAGUCAAUAAUGGAAUGAAAGAGGAAAAGCGGGAUGAUGUCAGUAGAAAAAUAAAGGAUAUAGAAACAAGAUUAAGAAAUUUACAACAAGUAUAUUCAACUAUUCAAGAUAUGGAUAACGAAAAAUCAGGAACAAGAAUAAAGAAUAAUUAUAUUUUAUUGCAAUUAAGGAAGACCAUAAGUUUGAGGGAGACAAUGGAAAAAUUCGAAGAUAAGUCCUUCAGUUUUUCAGAAAAGAAAGAGAACUUAAAAUUGAGGCAGUAUAAACACGUGAAAAGAGUGAAAGAAAAAAUAAUAAUUACACAAAUAUUCGAAACUAAAAAAAUUAAAACAAAAGGCAAGAUUUCGACUUAG